AUGUGGCAGCUAUGUUUCGAAAGCUAUGUGUCGCAUGCUAAUCUAGAUGAGAUCUCAACCUUCUGGUUUCGUCAUCUCCAAGACCACGACCACAUAAUCGGCCCUAGCAUCGAGGACUCGGCGUCAUUGUUCUCACAGAACGACGCUUACGACCAGGAAUGCAUGGAUAAGUUUGGUACAUUGCUCAAACUCAUCAAGGUCCUAGAACCAGAUGGAGCGGACAUCGUAGCAGCAGCAAAGCCGUGCAAGCUUAUGCACUGGAUCAGUCUGAUCAUAUUGCUUCACUAA